CUAGCCAACACCUAGGCUGCAGGAACCAUUGUUAGUACCAGUCUAGAUGCCACUGGUGCCACGCGAAGCUGCAAUAGGGGAUAUCAGAGGCGACUAUGACACAUGGAUUCGUUGAGAUUCUGACUGAAUAGUGCACGCUGGUGCUCUCGCGAAGCGAAUUCACCGAUCGUUACGGUGUGAUUGGGUGAUAUGGUUGUCGGCUAAGGAUGGAUCGGAGGGAGCUCAUGACGGCUGGGAAGAAGCGGCUGGAAGAGUAUCGAAAGAAGCAACAAGCGAAAUCGGGAGGAAGCUCUAAAGGAGGACAGCAAGAUAAGGCCAAGAUGCCAUCAACGGCCCCCACGACUCCACAGGGCUCCUCCAAUCAGAGCGCAUCCUCUGGCCCAGCAGCAGCCCGGAGGCAAUCCCAAGGCCAGGCGUCGGGCAGCAGUAGCGACCUCCCCCAGCUGGGCCUGAGCGUGCAGAUCCAAGCCCGAGAAUCGUUCCAGAGCCAGCCAAGAGAGUCCACGGCGUCAGCAGAGUCAGGAUCAACGGCUGUGGGGAGGACGAUCAGCAGCAGCAGUGCUGGCGGGGAUGGGGAUUUCAUGACGCCCACUGGCGGCACGCCGUCCAGUGCCACCAGCUCCGACUCGUCCUCUGGAGGCUUCCUGCGGCCGUUCACUGCUGGCCCUCGGGAGUUCCGCACCAUCGCCCAGGGGAUUCUCAAUAAGGGCUCGGGAGCUCAAGGGGCGGCAGCGCAUGGGGAGGGAGUCCGAGGGGAGGGCGCAGACGGGAUGCGGAGACCGUCUACUGCACAUCCCCAUGAGCCGCACGAGAGGGAGCAGGAAGCAGCCUCUCCCAGUCACGCAACUCGCCCCACAACCGCCCCCCUCUCCCGAAGCCCUUCCACCUCCUCCCUCUCCUCCCUCACCUCCGCCGUCCCCUGGUCGUCCAACGGCGCCCUAGACGGCUCCUUUGCUGCUGGCGUGAGGCGGUUCUCCCUCGAGACGAACAGUGACGAUGGGUCGCUGUCAGAGCGGGGGUCAGUGGUAACCAUGUCAAGGGAGAAGUAUGUGGAGAGGCUCGAGCUGAAAGUAGUGGAGCUGAAGAGGAGGUUAUCGGCUGUAUCUAAGGCUGCAGCGUACGGUGCUGGCAAUGGUGUGGGUGGUGAUACGGGGAGGAAGUCCAGGAGCGUUGACGCCAGAUUCGUUGACUUGAUGGAGCGGCAUUCAGCGGAGGUUGCUGAGCUAAGAGAGAUACUUAAGGAGAAGGAGGAGCGGCUGGUGUUCCUGGAGAGGGACAGGGAGGAGGUGAUGGAGCGAGUGACAGCGCAGGUUCAGGCGGAGAAAAAGGCAGAGACGGAACGCCUGGCCAGAAUGAAGGCCGAAAUGGAAGCUGCUGCGGAACAACUAAAACGGCAGGUUGCCUCGGCUAUGGGAAGAUGGAAGGGGUUGGAGGAGGAGAAGGGGCGGCUGGCUGACCAGCUGCUUGAAAAGGAGGUGGUUAUAGAAGGGGAGAGGGAGCGCAAUGCGAGGCUGGGCGAGGAGAUGGCGGUGGUUCGGGGGCAGUAUGAGACGAUGAUGGAGACGGUGGCGGCGCUGCAGGAGGAGAGGGGCCGGCAGGUGAACCUAAGCGGGGAGCAGAGGGAGCUGCUGGAGGAGGAGUUGGUGCAGCUGCAGGAGCUGCUGGCCCGGUCUAGAGACGAGGAGGAGAGGCUCAGGGCCAAGCUGCAGGGCGACGAGCAGCAGUGGCGGCAGCAGCUGCGGGACUCAGCAGCCGCCCUCGCAGCUAAGGAAGAGGAAUCUAGGGUUUUACUAGAGCGGAUGGAAGAGGGGGAGAGGGAGCGGGAGAGGCUGAGGGCGGAGGCGGAUGCUGCUAGGCUCGAGGCGGGGAAUGCGACUGAGAGGCUGGCUGCUACGAAGGAGAAGCUGGGCGUGGCGAUUAGGAAGGGAAAGGAGGUGGUGCAGCAGAGAGAGGCGCUCAAGGGGUCCCUGGCUGAGGAAACGGCUGUGCUGGAAAAGCUAAGGCUGGAGCUGGAGGGUGAGAGAAAGGGGAGGAGGGAGGCGUUAGCGAGUGUGGAGGCGAAGGAAGGGGAGGUCAGGGAGAUGGAGGAGAGGGCGAGGGAGGCUGAAGAAAGGGUAAGGGCUGCUGAGGAGGAGGUAAGGGCAGCUGGGGAGGAAGUUGCAGAGCUGAAGAGACAGGUGGCGGAUGGGAGGGAGCGCGCUGUGGAGUUGCUAGGGCAGGUGGCCGAGAGGGAUGCGCUGCUGGCUAGGAGAGGGGAGGAGAUGAGAGAGGCCGAGGGACGGGCGAGGGAGAUGGAGAUUAGGGUGGAGGAAGUGAGGGAGGCGGGGAGGAGGGAAGUGGAGAGGGAGGAACAGGUGUGGGAGGGUAGGGUUCAAGAGGAGAGGAGCAAGGCGGAGGAUGCUGCAAAGGAGGUAGAGAGUGCUUCAAAAGAGGUGGAGCGGUUGCAGGAGAGCGUUGCAGAGACGGAGGGGCAGCUGGCCGCCCUGCAAGCCGAAGUUGCAGCAGCAAGAGGGGAGGUUGCUGAGAAGGAGGGCGUGGUUUCGGGGUUGGAGGUGAGCCUGAGUGGGGAGAGGGAGCGAGUGAGGCAGCUAGAGGAGAUGCUUGAGACGCUAAGGACGGAGAUUCAGGAGGUGCGGAAGGCAGGGGAAAGCUCAGGUGAGAAGGAGGAGCAGCAGAAGGAGGCGAUUGAGCAGGCGGUUCAGUCUGCUGUCUCUGCUGCUGUUGCUGCUGCAGAAGCAGAGGCAAGGGAGCGCGAGAGUGCGUUGUCUCGAGCGCUGGAGUCCCUUCAAGCACAGAAAGAGGUGCUAGUGGAAGCAGUGGAGGAAGAGAGAGCGACGAGUAAACAGGCAGAAGAGGCCAGGAGGAGAGCUGAAGAAGAGAAGAGAGGUGUGGAGGAGAAGAAGAGAGAGGUGGAGGAGGAGAAGAGGGAGAUGGAAGUCAGAGUGAAGAAUUUGGAGGGGAAGGUAGCUGAGAUGGAUUCGCAGGUGAAGGGCUGGGAGGAGCAAGUGGAGGGGCUUCAAACGGAUCUGAGAGAGGCUGAGGGACGAGCUAAGGACGCUGAGGAAAGGGUUAUGGAGGCUGAGAGGAGGGUGAAGGAGGAAGAGGCCAAAUCGAGUGAGCUAUUGCAGAAGAUGGAAGAGGCGAGGAGGAGAGAGAGUGAGGUGAAUGAGGGGAGGAGUGGUGGGAGUGAGGUAGAAGCGUGGAGGGCGGAGUGGAAGGCGGAAGAGGGGCUGCUGCUGCAGCGGCAGGCUGAGAUCGAGGGGCUUCUGGUGGCUAAGGGGCGAGAGUUCCUGGAGCUGAAGAGUGAGUGGGAGAGGGAGAGGGACGGGUGGGCAAUGGAGAGGGGCGAAUGGGAGAGGAAGGAAACUGAGUGGGCGACUGAAAAGGAGGAGUUGCUGGGGAGGUUGCAGGGGGAGCGGGAGAAGUGGGAGGAGGAGCAGGGGAGGCUUGAGGAAAGCGAGGGGCAGCUUCAGCAGCAGGUGGAGGCGGAGAGGAGGAAAGUGGUGGCAUUGCGAGAGGAGAGGGAGGAGCUUCGGAAGAGGGUGGGAGGCUUGGAAGAUGAAGUGGGGCAACUGCAACAGCAGGUGGGCGGGUUGGAGGAGGAAAGGGGGGAGCUUCGAGGGAGGGUGGGAGGCCUGGAAGAUGAAGUGGGGCAGCUGCAGCAACAGGUGGAGACGGAGAGGAGGAUGGUGCAGGAGGCGAGUGGCAGUGCGGAGGAGGAGGAGAGGAGGUGUGGGGAGAUGCUGUGUGAGCUGCAGAGUGCGGUGGAGGGGAGGGAGGAGGAGAGAGGGAAGGCGGUGGGCCUGAGAGAGGAGAAGGAGCAGCUGCAGAGUCAGGUGGAGGAGGUCGAGAAGGAGAAGGAAAGGCUUCAGAGCAAGGUGGCCGGCUUGGUGGAGGAGAAGGAGCAGCUGCAGAGUCAGGUGGGAGGGUUGGAGGAGGAGAAGGAAAAACUGCAGAGGAAGGUGGUGGAAGGGGAGGAGGAGAGAGAAGAGCUUACGAGGAAGGUGGAAGAGUUGGAGGGGGAAGUGGGGCAGCUGCAGCAGAGGCUGCAGGCAGCAGAGCGGAAGGAAGUGGUCACUCUGGCCAAGGUAGUUGCCAGCGAGUCAGCCACGGAAGAAGCAACCAAGCAGCUUCAGUCAGCUCAAGCCGCCCUCGAGGCUAAGCAAGCCGAGCUGACCUCUCUCCAGCAGCAAGCAGAGGAACUCGAAGAAACCCUAGAGCAGCGCGAGACCGAGCUCGAAACCCUAAAAACCGACAUCUCGGCACGAGAGAUGAUCUGGCGGGCGUCGCAAGACGCAGAGGCGCAAGCAUCAGAGGAUGCUAUAGCAGUGGAGGCCGCUGCAGCAAGGGAGAUGGCGGAGCGAGAGAGGGACCAGGUGAAGGAGGAAGCUGAGGCGGAAGCAGCGGCUCUGAGGAAGGUUCUGGGAAUGCGGGAGUCGCAGCUGGAGAAGCUGCAGGCUCGGGUGGCCGAGGCUGAGGAGGCGGUUCAGGAGACGGAGGAGGUUCGGGCGGAGCUGGCGCAGGCUCGGGCUGAGCUGGAGGAGGUUCGGGAGGAACUUGCCAACGCUCGUGGGGAGGUGGUUAGGGUUAGGGAUGAGAUGGCGGGAGAGAUGGAGGGAGUGAGGGAGAGAUUGGUGGGGGCAGAGGAGGAGGUGGAGAAGCUUAGGGCUGCCUUGGAGGGGUAUAGGGAGGAGGUGGAGGAGAGAGAGAGGAAGGUGAGUGAGUGUGAGAGGCGGCUGGAGGCGAGUGAGAAAGAGAGGAGGGCGGUGCUCGAGAGGAUGGACUCGCUGCUUGGGGAGCUGAUGGAGAAGAGUGAGGAGAGUGAGAAGGUGAGAGAGGAGAGUGAGAGGUUGAGAGAGGAGAGUGAGAAGGUGAGAGAGGAGGGUGAGAGGAUGAGGGAGGAGGCGAGUAGAUUGAGGGAAGAGGUGAAGGGACUUGAGGAAGAGAUAAGUGCGCUGAAAGGAAAGGCUUUAAGGGGACGUCAAGCUGGAAUGGGCGAGGGCAGCAAGGAGAGUGAAAGCGCAGGGGCUGGUGCAGAGAGGGAUCGACUGGAGGAGCAGAUAGAAAGGCUUAUAAAGGAGGUAGAGCAGAAGGAAGCCUUGCUGAAGUCUGCUGAAGCUGCGAGGGCGGCUGCAACAGCAGAAAAGACGGCAGCAGAGGCAGCCAGGGCAGCAGCUGAGGUGAAGAACGCGAACUUAGUGAAAAAGGCGAAGGAGAGGAUAGAGGGCAUGAAGCAGAAGGCGGCGUCUGAAGCCCAGGCGGCUGCAGACGCGAGAGCUGAGGUCGAGCGACUGAAAGGGCUUAUGGAGGGAGGAGGGGGAGGAGGAGGGGGAGAAGGAGGGGCAGAGGUGAAGGCGCCGGGUGGUGAGGACGCGGCUGAGAUAGAGAGGCUUCAUGCGAAGGUGUCCCUCCUGGAAGCGCAGCUUUCUCAGGUGAAGGCGGGGAGUGAAGCAGCAGCAGAGGUUGAAGUAGCAGCAAGGGGGCUAUCAGAAGCAGCAGCAGGUGCGGUAUCAGGAGCAGCAGGGGCGGCAUCAGGAGCAGCAGUGGCAGCGGAUGCAGAGCAGCUGAGAGAAUCCUUGAGGCAGGCGCAGGAGCAGGUGGGCGCGGUGAGGGAGAAGCUGAGCAAGGCGGUGCGCAAGGGCAAGGCGAUUGAGCAGCAGAAGCUGAAGCUGGACGCCGAUCUCGCUGCUGCCAGGGCGGAGAUAGACACCCUCAAGGGGAACGCAGGGGCAGGAGCACGCGCAGGUGCAGGGGCAGGGACAGUUGGGGGUGCGGGGGCGGAGGCAGGGGUAAAGGCAGGGGCAGGGGCAGUGGCAGUGGUAGCAGCAGGGGCGGGUGUGGCAGCGGGAGAGCAGAUAGAAGAGCUGAGAAGGUUGUUGGCUGAGGCAGAAGAGGCGAGGAGCAAGGAGGGCGAGGCGCGGAGCGACGAGGAGGAGGGAGGAAAAGAGAGGAGGAGGCGAGGAGGAAGGCAGAGGAGAGGCUGAGGGAAACUGUGGCGAUGAUGGAAAGGGUGACGGAUGCUCUGGCGGGCAGGGAGAAGGAGUGCGAGGAGCUAAGUAACGAGCUUACUCAGCUAAGAAAGUCUCUUAGCAGUGCUCAGGAGGAGGUUGCGAGGUUGAUGGGCGAAGUGGAUAGGUUGGAGGAUGAGUUGGGAAGGGAGAGGGAGGAGGCGGAGGAGAAACUGCAGAAGGUGAAGGAGGAGAGGGAAGAGAUGGAGGGCUUUAAGUCUGCAAAAAUAGCGGAGGUGGAAGAGAUGCUGGCUAUAGUAGAAACGGAUCUGGCUGUAGCGAGGCGGAGGGUGGAAGAGCUUGAGAG